CCAUAACUCCACGAGCCUUUGCGAUGGAGCUCUCAAUAAGUGAAUGCCGCUCUCGUCUCGGAAUAGUUAGCGUUAGAGCACCUCGUUUCGGGUCCCGGCGAUCUCGGUACACGCAACCCUUGAAACUUGAAGAAGCGCAACCAUCGCGACACGGUGACUCGGUGGUGUGUUUUCCAGGUAACCAAACCUGUGGUCUAUGGGCCCUAGCCUCCUAUUUAAGCUCUCAGAACGCAGCCCUCCCUUGCUAUGACCUAUCAGGAAAACAUUUCGGAGAAGAGCCACCGUUUCUUCCAUGUUUGCACCUUGAAUGUCGUAGCGAGUUGGUGGUAACGCAAAGCGCCGAGUUCCGUGCAAGCCGGUGUCUCGGUAACUCACCAAAUCGCCCUCAGGCACUCGGCGCUCUGGGGUCUUCCGAUGAAAUGAAGACGCUCGACGGAACGAAUCGACCACGCUGUCAUCGGCCAGGCGCUAGGAGUUCAAGGUCCUCACCUCACAUUUUAUUUUUAGAAUGCGCGAAAUCCCCUGAGCGGCUCCAGGUGUAGUUCCACAUGCGUUUCGAAUUUUGCUCACUUCGACAGGCGCAGCGAUCUCAUGCACACUCAGGGGUUAUGCACGGAAGGUGCAUAUUCAGCUAGAUGGCCCCUCGACUCAGCUCGUCGCCUUAUAAACGGCCCGCUCGUAUACGCAUUCUUGGGCAUCAGCUUUGGUACAUUUCCUCGCAGCGCCGGUAACUGAACACUUGCCGUCUCCGAGGAUCCGCUCAAAGUCAGUUCGACCGUCAGAUCAGGGCCUACAUCUCCGUCCCUGUGCUUGAUCUGCAUACACUUCGAAUUGUACCUGUGGUGGUCAACCACUCGGUCCCAUCGCUCGCUCGUCCCCGCCGCCCAUUUUUGCGGCGUCCACUAAAAUCCUUCAGGAACAUUUACGCGCAGGACUACUGCUUGCUACGAAAUCGCACGUCUUGCACAGGUUCUUCCUGGCGACGCAUAAAAGCUUUGGAUCCGACCCUUCCAUCUCUUCAGACACUCGACGUCUUCUACCUCUCUCAAAACCGCCUUUUCAAGAUGUUCAAAGCCCUCGCUCUCACCUCGCUUCUCAUCCUCGCCACCCAAGCUAUGGGUGCCGCCGUCGAGCGGUCCGCCAUCCUGGGCCCUGGCCCCGAGUGCAUCCACGAGAACGGCUCGCUCUACUGCCCCGGCGGUAAACGCGCCGCCCCUACUCCCACCUACACUCCGUGCGGUACCGGUACUGGACAGUACAACUGUCCUAUCCAAACCAUCACUGCGCGUGCACCCGAGCAGACGUUCACGCCUUGCGGUACUGGCACUGGGCAAUACAACUGCCCAAACCAGCCCAUCACACAGCGCGAUACUCCCAUUACUUCCUACAACCCAGGAGGUCCUAUCAUCACCGCGACUCCUGAGAAGAGAUCCAGCUUCAGCAUCAACGGGGGCGUUGGACCUGUUUGUCACUCUGCUGGUCACUCCGGCCCAGGAAUCAUCUGUCCUUCUCGUGAGUGAUGUGCUUGUCCUCCAUCGCACUAAACUCAUUGUAACCUUUCAGAUUGGCCUUAAACGUCACUUCCUCGGCGGUGAAAACUUCGCGUUUACGAGAGUCGUUAUCGUCUUAGUUUUCGUCUCAACUUUGUUCGUUCGUACUACUUGCCAUGGGAAUUUGGGCAUUUUGGGUCCGUCACAGGGAUUUGUACACUAUGAUACUGCCGAGAUAACUAUUGGCUUUGCUGAUAUAACCUUUUUUAUGAUUUCUUUUAUUCCCGUUUUUCAUCGUAAUUAUGACGGUUUUAUC